AUGGAAGUGGAAAAGGCGAGCCACGGAAUCGCAAGCCGAUCCGUGAUGGUGUCGAGCUCCUCCGAGGCCACCCCGUUUGGGUUGGUGCAGCGACUGUUGGUUUCGCUGCUUCGUUAUUGGCCAGACACCCCGGACGUGUCGAUCCCAUCGGUCCUCCUCUGCGGGCCACCUCGGGUGGGGAAGAGCUAUCUGAUUCGCACCCUUCACGAUUCCAUCGACGACGGGAGGUUUAGAGAGGGGAAGAAGGUUGACAAGACGAUUGGGCGGUCGUUUAUCACCGUUAUCUCAUCCCUCGCCCCUGCGCUCGCCGUCCGCACCCGCGACGGCCACACCGGGCUGCGUCGCCUUCUCAAGCGGAAAAUGCUCGACGCCAUCCGGGAAUCCACCGGCGGCGACGCCGCGUCGGAAAAGACGGUUUUAUUAGUCCUCGAUCACGUCGAGUUCUUGAUGGCGUCCACGGAAGGUCAGGAAUCGAGUGGGAUCGGCAACAAUGACGAGGUGAGCUGUGGGCAGCCCGCCACCCGCCAUCCCGCGCUUUUCGCGGAUCUCUACCGUCUUCUUCGCACCCCCCUCGGCUUCUUCACCCGGGAGGAGUGUAGCGAUCUGGGGUUGCGGCGUUUGGUCGUGGUCGCCCUCUUUGGCGGUGGAUUCGCCGAGCGGGUGCAUCCUUUCCCCCGCGAUCGCGUCUUUGAUGUCAUCCGUAAUCUUGCCACCCCGACAGAAGCGGAGCGGCGGGUUUUUUUCACCUCGCGGCUGCUCUCCAACCCCCCUGGUGAUCGCGAUGGAGGGGGCGAGGCGAGGGCGUUUCGCCUUCCCCUGGCAGCCGCCCUCGCCUUCCGAACGGGCGGGAUGAGCUACACCGCGCUAGGGGAGGUCGCAACCCUCGCCGAGCGGGAGUUCGCCGAGGCCACAUUUCUCACGCGAAUGCCCCUUUUGGAUGCGGAUUCUUCUUCCCUUUCUUCUUCUUCUUCUUCUUCUUCUUCUUUGGGGGAACUCGUAAAGGAGGCGGUGGGGGCGAUCUCGCGGCAGGCGGUGCGGGGGUUUGCCUCCGGGGAUUCCGCCGCCGCGCGGGCCUUUCGGCGGGGUGUCGGCUACGUGGACGUUCAAACCACGCGUUGGCGGGAUAUCGCCGGGAUGGAGGCGGUGAAGGCGACGCUGCAGGCCCUCAUCACGCGGUCCUCGCGGGAGCGCGCGCGCUACCGGGAGGCCGGGGUGGCGCCCUCCACCGGGGUCCUCCUUUACGGCCCGCCCGGGACGGGGAAGACGAUGCUCGCCAAGGCGAUGGCGACGGAGUUGAACGCGGCCUUUCUUUACCUCGACCUCCCGGAGUUGAUGCAAUCCGCCGUGGGGGAGUCGGAGCGGCGGCUGAGCGAGUUCGUCGCCCUCGCGCGCGAGCAGAGCCCGGCGGUGCUCUUCGUAGAUGAACUCCAGGCCGCCUUCGGCGUGCGUUAUGCGGAAGGGGGGGGGGGUCGAGGGCACUCCGCGCACGACGCGCGGCUCGUCGCGCAUUUUUUAUACCUCCUGGAUGAGAUCCACACGGAUGAGGAUCACGUGGUGGUGUUUGUGGGCGCCACGAAUGUCGUGGAGGGCCUGGAUCCGUUGGUGUUGCGGCCGGGGAGGCUGGAUACUCAUAUCCCGGUGCCCCUCCCUGACGCCCACGCGAGGGAGAGUUUAGCCCGGCAUGUGGUGAAGGGGGAAUGGGGAUCGUGGUUGACGACCCCUCCCACGCUCGCCACCUCGGAUGCCGAGGGGGGGCCCGUGUUCGCGCUGGGAGAGGUUUUGAUCGCGGAGUUUGUGCGGCGAUCCAUUGGGUGGAGCGGUGCGGAGUUGCGGAACGCGAUGAACGUGUUCGCGCUCAAGGUGCUGCAAAACGCAGAGAAGAAUCGGGUUUCUUUUCGGAGCGAACCAGGGGAUCCUGGCAGCAAGGCGAGCGCCUUGUCGACGGCAUUGAUACGCCAUCCCCCCACCAUGUCGUGUAGUGGUGAGGUGGAGCUUAGCGAGCUCGCUUUGCGGGCGCUGGAGGACGCGUUCAAGCGCUGA